AACCCUACAUUUUUGGCAUCAUUUAGUCUUAUUUUACCAAAGAAUGCGUACAAGAGGCCUUUUUUUAUUUGCUAGAUAGAUACAAGGUUUAGGUCAUUCAUAUACUCUAAACUGUUUGUCAGUCGUUACAAAAAUGUUUACUUACUGGAGCAAAAAAAGUAUACCAAGCAAAGUUGAUAUGAAAAAAACAAAAACUAUAACCAAAUGUAUUAGACCAGAAGAAAUGGAUAAGGAAAAGCCGGAACAGCCGACUAUUAAUACCCAUGUCCUGGAGUUUCAAGAUUUUUUGAGGCGGGUUCAAACUUUACAAAUGUCUCAUAUAGAUGCAAACGAUAACCAAGUUUUAACAGGCAAUCGGUACAAUAUUGAAAUCGGCGAGGAACUGCGGGAAGCUAACAAUAUUGGCCAAAAAUCAUCAGUACUACGAUCCACUAAAUGUGAUUGUAUGCCUAUGCCUGCAGCCAAUGUACGUGUAACUGUUGGUAUCGAUAAAGAUUUAGAAAUGAUUCUUGAAAUGGAUCCCAGUAUUGUAGAUUUAGGUGACGUUGGUAUUGCCGAAAUGGCAGGGCCGCGCCUAGUGGGUUUACCUCCACUUUCGGGGGGACCGACAUUCAAAACUGCCACUCCCACUUCACGAACGCAACUCAAGCUUCAAUUACAACGGGAACAACAUCAACAGCAGCAGCAACAACAGCAAAUUCAACAGCAUACACUGGAUACGGCAGACCAAAAAAUGCACAUAUUAUUUGGCAAUGGACAGGGAUCCAUAGAAUCGGAAUUUAUCGAUAGCGGUAGUACCAGCGCUUGUGGCAGUGGAUCAUCCAGUUUAGAACAAAUGUCACAAUUUGCGCAAAUGGAUAACUUAAUCAAUGCGUCAAAUGCAGUUAAAUUAAAAGUUCCUCUUCAAAGUAUUGGUGUAGAUGUCCCACCCCAAGUGCUGCAGGUCAGCACAGUUCUUGAAAACCCGACCAGAUAUCAUGUUAUUCAAAAGCAGAAGAAUCAAGUGAGACAAUAUCUGAGCGAAUCUUUUAAACCGUCUAUAUGGGGCUGCAAUAAUACCGACGUUAAAAUGGAAAACAACUCAUCGGCGAUGAUCAAUCUUCAAGGUUCAUCUUUAGAAAAAGGAAUUUGCCUCCCAUCGGAGCGUACCAACAGUUUUGGAUCCGAUACGGCUGUUAUUGCUAAAAGAUCGAUGAGUUCUAACGACUCAAUGGCUAAUUCCCCGUUUUCUGGUACUUUUCCAAGAAAUGAUAACUUGAAUCCCAAUGAGUCAAUAUCAUUAGCUCAUGGUAACGAAGUUUCUGGAGAAUCAGCAAUUGCACAAAAAACCAACCAGUUGGGAUAUGUAAAAUCUAAUUCAAACCUAAAUGUAUCUACCACGCGUACUUCUUCGGGAAUGAUUAAUUCCAUUAAAAUAUCUAGUACAGCAAGUUCUUUACAGUCUACUUCAGCCCCCAUUUCGCCGAGCUUAAGCUCGGUUGCAACAAGUGCCUCAGAGCUACCAUCAUUCGACAGCGAUCCAGAUGACCUUUUUGAUGAUAUUCUGCAAAAUGACUCAUUUAAUUUUGAUAAAAACUUCAGCUCUGAACUUUCCAUUAAACAGGAGCCUCAAAACUUAACUGACGCUGAAAUAAAUGCGUUGGCAAAAGAUAGGCAAAAGAAGGACAACCACAAUAUGAUUGAACGGAGGCGUCGUUUUAAUAUCAAUGAUAGAAUUAAAGAACUUGGUACUCUUUUGCCAAAGGGCAGUGAUGCUUUUUACGAAGUUGUUCGAGAUAUUCGUCCAAACAAAGGGACAAUCUUGAAGUCCUCUGUUGACUACAUUAAAUGCUUGAAACAUGAGGUGACUCGCUUAAGACAAAAUGAGUGUCGUCAACGUCAAGUAGAGUUGCAAAAUCGAAAACUUAUGUCUCGAAUUAGGGAGCUGGAAAUACAAGCAAAGUCCCAGGGAAUUUCUUUAUCAGAAUACCACCCUCCAUCAGCUUCGGCACCCACACAAGCUAACGUGUAUCUUAAAAACUCAAGUCUAUCGCCUUCUGUUUCCCGAAGUCGUCGAUCACUGUUCGACCAGCCCAUAGAGAAAAAGGUGAUAAGCAUUAGCGAUGUGAAUAUGGGAAUGAAUCAAAUUGAUGAACUCAUGGAGGAUUGCAAGCAUCCAGUUCAAGGCGGCGAUCCAAUGUUGUCUUCACACAGUCACAUGCAGUCUGCUCCACAAUCGCCGAGUUCAAAGCCAAUGGAUUAUGGAAGUUUUGAACCACAAAAAAUCUCAGAGGCUGAUGCUGUACGCCUUUUUAGGGGCAAGACAAAUUUAUUAAUAGAUGACUUAUGCAGUAUAAACUGCAGUACUUCAUGUUUUAUUCAGAACCAAUUGCCCAAACACCAGGGACGCCCCAGUCAUUGCCAUCCACCCCGAGCAAAGGAAAUUCACAGUUUAUCUGAUUCAGCCACAAGCUCUGAGUUUAGCAGGCUUGAACAAUGCGAAGAUCCACUGCUGUCAUCUUCCCAUAGGUCACUGGGAACAGUAGACGAAGACCAUCAUAGUUCUAUAGAUAUGUCUGCGGUAAUGAUAAACGACUCCUUUUCCUCUUUGGCAGAUGAUAACAACAGUGAACCCAUGCUUCUUACUCCUGACACCUUAGAUAUUGAUUUGUAAACUAACAAUAUUUAUGUAGAAAUGAUUAUAGUUUACUUGUGUCAUUUUUUUGUGGUUGUAUGGCUCAGACUUAAUUUGUAACAGAUAACAAUAUAUAAUAACAAAAAGUAAAACCACUAUAGAUUUUUGUAAACUAUGCAAAUAAUUGGAUCUAUACAGAUUUCAUUAAAUAAAUGGUAGCCUAAACAUAAAUGUUGUAUAGAACCGGUAUAACCAACUAUAUUAAUUUCUACAAUAUAUUAAUUUCUUAAGUUCUAAUAAUUUUAAGGAACUGUGAGGAAACAAAUUAUAAUAAUAAUAAGCAAAAAAUCAUAGAUAUACCCAAAAAUAUAAAAAAAAUAAUCAUUAAAGCUAUUAAGUUUUAACCGUGCCUACCAUGUUCGAGCUAUAUUUAUUGCCAUUAUAUCUUAAGCGUAAGCGUUUAGGAGAGAAAGCACAACCACAAUAACCCUAUAUAAAAAAAUAAAAACAAAGUAUAACCAAAGGUUAUAAAUCAUUUUGUUAACAAUAUUAUUAUUAUAUUUUUUACAUUUAUUCUAAAGUUUCGAAAUUUAAAUCAAAUGAUAAACGUUUGUUUUUUCAAUACCAAUACCAUGUUCUCCAUACUCUUUAUUAAAAUACCACUGCGUUGAAAGUGUUGUGAUAAAUAUUUGUAUUACCAAUGACAAAUGUAUUAUGCGUAAAAUAUAAAUGAUAAGUGAUCUUUUGUAAUAAUAUAUAAUUUUCUAAAUUUGAUAAAUAUAUAUAUCUACAUUGCAAAUUUUAAUAAAUUGUCAUGCCUGUUGUCAAAAUAAUAGUUACCACAAUCGCAAAUCUCUCCUUAUUUUAGAAAAAAAAUGAAAAUAUGAAUACCAGCUUCUUUUACGUUUUCAAAAAAAUUAUUUUAUAACUAAAGAAGUUUUUAUUUAACUUUAUGGUUACCAUAAUGAUAUAUAUAUAUUUGUAAAUGUGAUUUCGGUAAAAUGUACUCUAUAAUGUCUUAGUUAUAAUUUUAAAAUUUCAAAAUUAUGUACUUGACCUGACCUUUAGUCUUUGUUCAUCUGCAUCAAAAUUAGUCAAUUUGCAGCAAAACUACACAUAUUAAAUUUUUCUGAAUGGAUCAAGGUUUAAAAUAAUACAAUGUGCUAUACUUAUAAUAAUAAUAAAAAGCCAAACGGUA